GUGCAUAAUAAUAUUGUAUAAAGUUACAAUAUAAAUAAUUUAUAAUAGACUAUUUUGACGGGAAGUUUAAUAUAAAAUGUAGCUUUAAAAGGGAAUUCCGGAACUAUUGUACAUAACAUAUAAAAUGCAUCUAUUUCUUUCUUCUUUCUUCUUCUCCUUGAUACACAUCUCUUCUUUAUCUUUCCCCUCAAUGACACACAGUAGUAAAAAGAAACAAGAUAGCCAAGUUCAACGUCUAUAUCAGUGUGACUUUUGUUUAAAAUCAUUUUAUAGACUAGAACAUAAAGUACGUCAUGUUCGCACUCAUACAGGAGAAAAGCCUCAUGCAUGUACCUUUGAGCACUGUGAUAAAAGAUUUGCUCGUUCUGACGAAUUAAGUAGACAUAUUCGUGUUCAUACUGCGUCACCUGCUAUAUUAUUACAACGAUGUAAAAAAGUACGUAGAUUGAAUUAUGCAUCAAAGUCAAGAUCCAUAGAUGAUGAAGAGGCUUAUUUAAAGCAACAACAAUUUUGUUCCAUUCUUCGUUUUGUUCAUCCAUCUAAUACUACUACAAGAAAUAAUAAUAAUAAUAAACAACAAACUAGUUAUAAUAACAAAAUUCGUGGAAGUCCGUAUAAGCAAUCAACUAAUUCAAAAUUAAAUCAUUGUCCCAUUUCUAAUUGCUAUAAAUCCUUUUGGAGAAAGGGUCAAUUAGCACGUCAUAUUGAAAAGCAACAUCAAGCUAGAUUCACUUUUGAAGAAUUAAAUAAUUCAGAGAAAUUGUCUGCUUUAUUGAAUUCACCCUCCUUACCUUACUCUAGUAGUAGUUCAGAGGAAGAAUCAAAUAGAUGUAUUUGGUCUUCUAAGGAAGAAGACAAAGGAAAUACAACCGUUGUAGUGGAUUUACCUCCUAUUUUCAUGAGUCAUACUUCCUCAUCAUCUGUGAUAUGGGAUAAUGAUAAACGCUGUCAAUUACCUUCUAUAAAGUCAUUAUUAUCACAUUUAUAUCAUCAUACUAAUAAUCAAAUAAUGUAAUUUCACCUUCAUCAUCUACACACUAUAUUUUCAUUGUAACUAUUUGAAAUAAAGCAUAAAUGGUCAUAAAUGACAAAAUUCUAUUGAAGGAGAUGCUUUCAGUGCGACCUUAUUUUGAAGAAAAUAAAUAGCACUCCUUUAUUUAUAUUGAAUAAAAUCACGAUAUUCGUUUCAAUAUGUAUGCCUUCAACAUUCUUUUACAAUAAAUAAUAUCUCUUUAUUAGAUACUUUUCCUAAUGACCAAGACACUAGUAUCUAUUGACGUACUUUAACAGCAAAUAUAUUAAAGAAAACAACUACAAUCUGUAGCAGAAAAAUACAAAAAAAGUGAAGGCUCAAUUACUUGCUGUAGCAGAGAAGAGGAAAGGAAAUAAUUCUAUUUCUUUUUUUUUUUUUUUUUUUUUUUUUUUUUUUUUUAUUCUUUUACUUUUUUUUUUCUU